AUGGAUGGACUAAAUGGCUCUGUGAUUUCUGAGUUUGUGUUGCUAGGACUCUCCAGUUCUUGGGAAACUAUGGUUUUUCUCACAGUACUAUUCUCCUUGCUCUACUUGGGAAUCAUCCUUGGAAAUCUUUUUAUUUUUGUUUUAGUGAUUCUUGAUUCUCACUUACAUUCGCCUAUGUACUUUUUGCUGGCCAACCUGUCCCUUAUUGACCUGGGUGUUGCCUCUACAACGGUCCCUAAGAUGAUAAGAGACCUUUUAAAUGAACACAAAAGAAUUUCUUUUCAAGGUUGUAUGACACAGAUAUGCUUCAUCCACAUCUUAGGAGGAGUAGAAAUGGUGUUACUCAUAGGGAUGGCAUUUGACAGGUACACAGCCAUCUGUAAGCCUCUCCACUAUUUGACCAUCAUGAAUCCCAAAGUGUGUGUUUCAAUUGUAAUCACUGGCUGGGUAACUGGAGUUAUCCAUGCUAUGUCUCAGUUUUCAUUUGUUAUUAACCUACCCUUUUGUGGACCUAAUAAAAUAGACAGCUUUUUUUGUGACUUUCCCAGGAUCAUAAAACUUGCAUGCCUAGAUGGAUACAAGUUUGAGUUUAUUAUUGCUGCCAACAGUGGAUUCAUGAGCAUGGGCACCUUCUUCCUGUUAAUUAUUUCCUAUGCUUUUAUUUUGGUCACUGUCUGGAAGCGUUCUAAAGGUGAUUUAUCUAAGGCAUUCGUCACUCUGUCAGCUCACAUCACUGUAGUGGUUCUUUUUUUCACUCCAUGCAUGUUUCUUUAUGUAUGGCCUUUCCCCAAAUCAUCACUUGAUAAAUAUUUGUUCAUUGUUGACUUUGCUAUUACUCCUAUCUUGAAUCCUGCCAUUUAUACAUUAAGGAACAAAGAUAUGAAGGAAGCAAUAAAAAGAUUGCACAAACAGAGAUAUUUUCUCAAAUUUUGCUGGUCACAUAUGCCUUGGGGGUUUAAGAGUUAA